AUGAAUCCAACUUUCAUCUCUACUACCACUCUUAGCAUUACAGAAAAACCUGAUGGUGACCCUGUCAAUCAAUGUUCCAUCAUGCAUUCUAUCAAUGGUGCUACUCUCGAUAUCACCGAAAAGCCCGACGGUGACCCCGUCAACCAAUGCUCGAUCAUCAGACCCAUUAUUAUUGGCCAGAUCUGCCCUGGUGAUCUACGUAAAAUUUACCUUUUAAGCAAUUCAAAUAUGGUAGUUGACUUAUCUCAAGAUGAUAUGUUGAGUGACGAAGACCUUUUCGUUACCGAUAAGGACAAUGAUAAUGAUAAUUUACAUAACGCUUCUGAUAAAGGACAUUCUGAGCAAGAAACUGCUUUGUCAUCUGGGGAUAUGCUUGAUGAUGUUGGAAUUCCUGAACCAGAUAAAAUUGAUAUUGAUGAUGAUAAUCAAUUUAUUUACGAAAGAGGAAGGAGGGAUAAGGAUAAGCGAAUUGAUGGCAAGUCAACUCCCGAGAAUAAUAAUCGAAGAUAUUUAGCUAUGAAUCAUAUCGGAUGCAUAACUACUGUGUUUCACGAGACUCAUUCAACAAUAACCGUGGAAUUUCAUGAUCAAUCUCAUAAUCGUGGUUACAACCUUCGAGAUGAAUUUAAUUAUUCUAUGGCUUGUUUAGAUAAAAAUGGCGCUCUUUAUGCUGUAGAAUCCUGUGAAGUAUCCAAUUCCCAAACCAAUCCAAGCGUAUUGUUUUACAAGCCACAAGAUACAUGGGCAUCAAAAAGCGAGUGGACGGUUGCACUUCCAAAAGGAGAGGAUAUAACAGCCAUUGCUUUAUGUUCUCAAGGGAUAAUUGCUGCUACAUCAAAAGAUGUAAUAAGGUUUUUCUCUCCUUUUGGUGUUCAAACAUACAUUUUUGCCCUAAAAUCUGUAGUAUGUAUGGUGGGGCGCGAUGAAUUCGUUCUUAUUGUUUAUCAUUCUGGCGUAGGUUAUAAAGGGUCACAGAACCUCGGAUAUAUGCUAUAUAAUGUUCAAUCCCACGAGAUUUUACAGAAGGAUACCAUACCAGUAUCUAAAGGAUCAACUUUACAAUGGAUAGGAUUUUCCACAGAAGGACUGCCAUCAAUAUUUGAUUCGAAGGGUGUUCUUAGUAUCCUUCACCAUCACCGCCAACAUAACCAAGCAAGAUGGGUACCGGUUCUUGAUGUUUCAAUUAAUCGUAAAGAGGAAGAAAUAAAUUGGAUUUAUUGGCCUGUUUGGCUUACUGGAACAACCCUUUUUUGUUUCAUUUGCAAGGGUGGAGAUACCUAUCCUCAUAUUCCUCGACCAGCUUUCGAUGAGGUUAGUUGGAAAAUUCCACUUUGGAAUUUAGACAGGCCAACUGGUCAAUUUGAAGAAAAAUUUGUACGAUUGUCUAUUAUAACGAGUUUUGAAUUUGAAGAAGCCAUGGCAAUGAAUGAGUUAGACAAAGUACGACAAAAUAUCAAAAUGAAAAAUAAAGACAUGGACAAAGCAUUAUUGGCUUGUAAAGAAGAGAAACAACAACGAGCGUUAGAUUUAGCGAAACUAAUGAAUACAUUAAAAUCUUUGGAAAGUGCAAUAAAGCUUGCUAGAUUUAAUAAUUGUCAUGUAUUGGCUGAUAAAAUCUGUCAAUUUAAAGAGGCAAAAUUGGAUGAAUUACGGAAAUUACCACAUAAAUCUAGUAUAAUCGAGGAAUAUAAUACCUUAUAA